AUGGACGAAGAAGCUGAGAUUUUUGAUUUUGAGCAGGCGAAUAAGGAAGAGAUCCUUAUUGAUGAAAAAGCAUUGAACACACAGUCGCUGCCACCAAUUUUCAUUGGCCACAAACAGGAAUCGGACGGUGCAGAUGAAGAAGAGUACGACAAGUUUGUUCCAACAGAUCCGGCCUUGAUCGAGCAGUACAAGAGUCGGCUCCAUAGAAUAUCUUACACACCUCCGGAGAAUUUCGCUUUGGUAUGCGGAUCAGUAUAUCGCUCUUCGUUCCCGCGAAUUGAGAACUUUGAAUUCAUGCUGAAACUGAAACUCAAAUCUGUAUUGUGUCUAAUACCAGAGGAAUACCCCCCAGAGAAUAUGGAAUUUCUGAGAGAAAACGAUAUUCAAUUCUUUCAAGUGGGCCUGAGCGGAAAUAAAGAACCAUUUGUUAAAAUCAAGCCUGACCAGGUGAACGAGGCAUUGAAGAUUAUCACCAAUCCUGAGCAUCAUCCAAUACUAGUGCAUUGUAAUCGGGGAAAGCACAGAACGGGAUGUAUAGUAGGAUGCAUUCGAAAAUUACAAAAGUGGUCAUUAAGCAUGAUUUUUGACGAGUAUCGACGUUUCGCCUACCCAAAGGAGCGACCGUUAGACCAACAAUUCAUUGAGAUGUUCGAUGAUUCGCAUAUACAACAAUACGCACAAGACCGCAACUGGCUUCCUCUAGAAUGGUGA